UUAAUAAAACAUCAAAGCUGUAAAUCAUUCUUCCUUUUGCCUGAAAUUUUCAUCCACAAAUCAUGUCAUCUAGUUUCAUUGUCUUUCUUAUUGAAUGACAAAGAAAACAAAAACAAAUUGGUUUCCGGCAGCCACUCCAGGAAGCCAUCAUACUGAUCAUCUCCUGAGGGUAGGCCUAUUGCAAACCCCACUUAUACAUUUUUUUUGCCCCUUAUAUUCUCCAACAAGAAUUAUUUAGUUAGAUCUAAUUUUCUUUAUUAUUUUUGAAUGCUAUUAAUUUUGUAUCUAGUUAUCAAUUUGUAACACAACAACAAUGUUGUUCGCAUUGUUGGCAAGAUAACAUACAAUCAUUCUCCUUUUAUCAUAUAUACAAUACAAAAAACUGCACCCAUCAACAAGAAUUGUACAGGGUACUGAAUUGUGUGGGGAUCAUGACAGAAAUGGAUGACUCGGGGGAAAAGAAAUCAGGUUGUGGCCUCUUAAAUGCAGUAUUCGGUAGACGUGGUUUUUGGCCAAGAAGAGCUACCUCUACCGGUUCUAUUCACUCGGGAAAUGGUCCUGAAUUUGUCAAGACACCAAGCACUCCAAAUUCAAGAAGGCGGCGAAGUGACUCUGACGAAAGCUCAUUCAUUGAGAACUCACCUAAUACGUCAGAGCCGACGACUAUACCUGUGGCUAGCCCUACACAAAAUCCUCAAAGGGCACCUGCUGUAUAUAAUCAAGUCCAAGGUAGAAGACCCUCCAAUCAGGUUGUAAUUGUACCCUCAUCAGGCACAGGCUCAACAACAAAGAUAGCUCCGAAUCAAGGAUAUGUUAACCAAGGCAGAAGGGUGCCAAGGGAAGCCAUUGGAAUUUCUGGUGAGCUAGAAAGUAUGAUUGUGGAUCAUCAAAAGGCAAAGGGAGGUAAUAAUCUUGUUCGCGCAUCAUCUGGCAAUUUAAUGCUUUUUGGCAAUUUAGGUAACUUAAGGCAGCCAGGAGGAGGAAAUGUGAAUUCAUAUAAUGUUGUUAACCAUCCUCCUAAGGCUGGAAGAGAAGAAAUUCCAACGCCAAAAGGAAAUAACUCAAAUUACUCAAAUGGGGUAAGGGGAAAUGUGGUAACAAGUACUUAUGGAGAAGGAAAACCCAGUCUAGAAAAUUCCUUGUGCCGAGCUCUCUCAACCAGAAUGGAUCCUGAGACAUUGAAGAUUAUGGGCAAUGAGGAUUACAAGAAUGGAAGAUUUGCUGAAGCCCUGGCCUUGUAUGAUGCAGCAAUUUCCAUUGACCCCAAUAAGGCUUCAUAUAGAAGCAACAAAAGUGCUGCAUUAGCCGCUCUUGGUAGGCUUCUUGAAGCAGUUUUUGAGUGCAGGGAAGCUAUUCAAAUCGAACCUCAUUAUCAAAGAGCUCAUCAUCGUUUGGCAACAUUAUACUUAAGAUUAGGGGAAGCAGAAAAGGCAUUGUAUCAUUUUAAACAUGCAGGACCAGAGGCGGACCCUGAUGACAUAGCCAAAGUGAAAUCGCUUCAGGUCCAUCUCAACAAGUGCACUGAGGCUCGCAAAUUCCGAGAUUGGAACACCCUGAUUAAGGAAGCUGCAUACGCUAUUUCUGCAGGUGCAGAUUCAGCACCACUGAUAUUUGCUCUGCAAGCUGAGGCCCUGUUGAAGCUCCAUAAGCAUCAAGAUGCAGAUGAAACAAUGUCAAAGGGUCCAAAUUUUGAACUUGACUCAUGUACUAGAUUCCUUGGGCCUAUUGGUAGUGCAAAUUUGUUAGCUAUACGUGCUCAGGUUGACUUGGCAGCUGGCAGAUUUGAUGAUGCAUUGGAGUCAGCUCAACGAGCAGCUCGUCUUGACUCAAACAAUAGGGAAGCAAAAAUGGCGAUGAGGAAGGCUCGCGCUAUUUCAGCAGCUCGAUCAAAAGGUAACGACCAUUUCAAGGCAUCAAGAUUCUCCGAGGCAUGUGUUGCAUACGGGGAGGGACUUGAGAAUGACCCAUACAAUUCAGUGUUAUUGUGCAACCGAGCUACUUCUCGGUCCAAACUCGGCCAAUUUGAGAAAGCAGUGGAGGAUUGCACUGUUGCCCUCAACUUGAGACCCUCUUACAGCAAGGCCAGACUAAGAAGAGCCGAUUGCAAUGCCAAGUUGGGAAAAUGGGAAGCUUCAAUACAAGACUACGAGGUGUUAUUAAAGGAAAGUCCAGGAGACGAGCAUGUAAGCCAAGCCUUGUUGGAUGCCCAGGUACAGCUCAAGAGACAACGUGGUGAAGACGUUAAUGGCACGAUGAAUGGUGGAUCUGACUCGGUCAUCGUCCUGUAUUAAGAGAGACAGAGAGACACAGAGAGUUUUAGAUAUGGAGAUGUGAAUGGCACAAUUUUUUUUUUUUGUUUUUUCUUUUAUAGCAAGAUGUAAUAGGCCUAUUAGGUAUACUUUUUUCUCAAUUUGUUUAUGUAUAGUUCAAAUGCGUGUAAUCUUUUUUUUUUUUUU